UACAGGCGUCGCUCUCCCGCGCUGGACGUCCGACGAGCAGCGGCCGGGGAAGACGCGCGCGCGCGGCUCCGAGAGGAUGAUCAAGACCGAGCGGGUCCUGCACCUGAAGAGCUGCCGCGGCCGCAAGCUGCGCGUGGUGCGCGAGCACUACCUGCGCGAGCGCGUGCCGUGUUACAGCGCACUGUGCCAGGCGGGCUGCGACCAGCAAGACCUGCAGCUGCUGCCGGGGGAGCUGACCCACUACGUGGUCCCCGAUGUGGGCGUGGUGCUGGACUACCUGGAGGUGCUGGAGGUCCGAGGCCUGCAGGGCGUGGUCUUCACCCAGACCGCCUGCCAGGCCCUGCAGCAGGCCAGGGGCCGCAGACAGUAUAACCGUCUCAGGACCCUCCUCAAAGACCCUCGUCACGACUGCGUUCUGUUCGCCAACGAGUUCCAGGUGUUCUCCUACGUCCCCCGAGAGAAGGGGGAGAGCCAGGAGGGGUGGCAGACCAGGUGUGUGUACUCUGCAGCCGUGUGGUACUACCACCACCUGGCCGGCCUGAAGGAAGUGGUGAUGAUCACGGAGGACCAGGAGGCCGUCGCUCGCUACGGCAGCCUCAACGCCGGGGUCUACGUCAUCUCCGUCCGGGACUUCCUGCAGAGCUUCUGGCCCGAGCUGCAGGCGGCCCACGAGCUGUACGCCUCCAUCUCCCAGGCGCUGCAGGAGAAGGAGGGCGAGGCCUCGGAGAAGGAGUACGCGGAGCACCUCCCCCCCGAGCUCCUGGAGGCGGGAAUCAAGUCCGGGAGGUACAUUCAGGGCUCUCUGAACGUCAGUAAGCACCGGGCGCUCAGCGAGGCGUCCGUCACGGCCGACGGUUUGUCCAACAAGAGCUCAGACCUGACUUGGGGCGUGUUGGUGAGCGGCGCCAAGAACCGCAACCGGGCCGUGCACGGCGACGUGGUCGCAGUGGAGCUGCUGCCGAGGAGCGAGUGGAGGGGGAGGGACACGGCUCUGGCCGAGGGGCGGGGGGGGGAGGAGGGGGGCGGCGGCGGCGAGGACGGCGGCAGGAAGCCCAUGCCGACCGGCCGCGUGGUGGGGGUCCUGCAGAGGAACUGGAGGGACUACGUGGUGACCUUCCCCCCCCGAGAGGGCCCUCCGCCCCAGAGCAGGAACUCCCAGCGCAUCCUGGCGGUCCCCUGGGACCAUCGGAUCCCCAAGAUCCGCAUCAGCACCCAGCAGGCCGACGCGCUGCAGGACCACCGGGUGGUGGUGCGCAUCGACUCCUGGGACAGCACCUCGCUGUACCCCAACGGGCACAGCGUGCGGGUUCUGGGUCGGGCCGGCGAGCUGGAGACGGAGGUCCAGACCAUCCUCGUGGAGAACUGCAUCCACGUGCCCCCCUUCUCCGACGCUCAGCUGAAGGAGAUGCCGGUGACCUCCCCUGACCUCCCCUGGGCCGUGGACCCGGUUCAGGUGGCGGAGCGGCGGGACCUCAGGGGCCUCCUGGUGUUCAGCAUCGACCCGCCGGGCUGCGUCGACGUGGACGACGCCCUGUCGGUGCGCCGCGUCGCCGGGGGAACGCGGCUGGAGCUCGGGGUCCACAUCGCCGACGUCACGCACUUCGUGGAGGAGGGGUCCCUCACAGACCUGGAGGCCCGGACCAGGGCCACUACGUACUACCUGGCCGACCGGCGCUACGACAUGCUUCCCGCGGUGCUCAGCGCCGACCUCUGCUCUCUGCUGGGGGGCGUGGACCGGUACGCCAUGAGCGUGGUGUGGGAGCUGGACGCCCAGACCCUGUCCGUGGUCCAGGUGUGGUACGGCCGGACCCUCCUGCGCUCCUCCUACCAGCUGCACUACGAGCUGGCCCAGGCGCUGCUGGACGGGGGGCAGGCCGAGGUGCCGGAGCUGGCCGGGCUCGGGCCCGAGGAGAGGGGGGUGGAGCUGGCCCGGCUCACCGAGGCCCUGCAGACCCUGACCCGCAUAGCCAGAAACCUCCGAGCCCAGAGGGACCAGGGAGGAGCGCUGGAGCUGGAAGGGGUGGAGGUGCGAGCCCAGCUGGACGAGGACCGGAACAUCACGGCUCUGGUCCCCCGGCAGCCGCUGGAGGUCCACGAGACGGUGGCGGAGUGCAUGAUCUACGCCAACCACUGGGUGGCGCGCAAGAUCCACGCGGCGUUCCCCCAGCGGGCGCUGCUGCGGCGCCACCCGCCGCCGCGCCGCCAGUUCUUCGGCGCGCUGGUGGAAACGGCCGCCGCCCGAGGCUUCACCGUGGACACCGGGACCAACAAGGCUCUGGCGGACUCUCUGGACCGGGCCGUGGACCCGCUGGACCCGCUGGUGAACCGGCUGCUGAGGAUCAUGGCCACCGCGGCCAUGUCGCAGGCCGAGUACUUCUCCACCGGCCUCCAGGCCCAGGACCACUUCUACCACUACGGACUGGCUCUGGACCGCUACACCCACUUCACCUCGCCCAUCCGCCGCUACGCCGACGUCCUGGUGCACCGCCUCCUCGCCGCCGCCAUCGCCGCGGACCGGGGGUCCGACGCCGGCGGGGCGGCGGCCAGCAACCGGGACCUGGAGGAGACGGCCCGGCACAUCAACAACAAGAACCGGGCGGCCCAGCGGGCCCAGAAGGCGUCCACCGAGCUGUUCCAGUGCCUCUACUUCAAGGACCGAGACCCCCAGACGGACUGGCGCUGUGUGGCCGACGCCGUCGUCUACUCCAUCCGAGACAACGGCGUGCUGGUGUUCGUCCCCGAGUACGGAGUUAAAGGGCCGGUGUACCUGAAGAACCGAGAGGGCCAGGUGGCGGCGGUCGGACCGGACGGCGGCUGCGAGUGGCAGAGCGGCGCCGUGCAGCGACACUCGGACCGGAUCAGCACCACGAGCGGCGGCGGCACCGCCACCGUGCGACUAUUCGACCACAUCACCGUCCGUAUUUCCGUGCGCUCCACCCACUGCCAUGCAGACGCUCUGGUUCUGGAGCUCGUGGUUAACGGGCCUCACCGCCGGCCCGCCGAGCCCCAGACGGACCAGCCGGAGCCCCCGGGCCGCAGCAGCAGCCAGCUGGUCCGGGAGGUGGUGCGUCUGGCCCAGGAGGCGCAGCAGGAGGCGCAGCAGGAGGCGGCCAGGAGGCCCCGCCUCUCCAAAGAGGAGAGGGAGUUCAGCCAGACCAAGACCCCCAACCUGUACUCCCUCCUGGAGGAGAUCCGGGAGCUGGCCCUGCUGGACCCGGAGGGGGUCCCGCCCUGCAGAGGGUCCCGCCCCCCCACAGAGGGGGUCCCACCCCCCCCCUGUGCCCCCACCGCCCCUUCUAAAGCGGAUCAGAAGUCGUCGGCGCCGUGCGGCUCGUGAGACGAGAGCCUGACUUUAGUUUAUUGAUAUUAGACGAUAAACUUUUAUUGAUCAGAGAGGAAAUUAAUUAGUUUCAGAACAAAGAAAUCAGUGUUUCAUCAAAGUUAUUUUAAUAAUUGAAACCCUAACCCUAAAACUAUUUUCCUCAAUGAUUCUCUGAGGUUUAUAGAUCAGGUUUAUUGAUCAGGUUAUUGAUCAGGUUUAUUGAUCAGGUUUAUUGAUGACUCGUUACUGUAGAUUAUGACUUUCUGUAUUUGGAUGAAUAUUAAACUCUUUAAAGAUUUUGGAUUCUUUGACAUUAAACUUGAAAUGUAAUCAUU